UCUGGAUAAAGUCAACGCUGGAAAAAGGGCCAACGGCAAGUUAGCUUUGCAAAAAUUCGUGGGAAUAUUGUAACCUAAUUUCUAGACAUCCCCGACGAGACGACGUCGUUCUCGUUGACUGGAUUUCAGUUGUUGAAUGUUGAAACCUUUGCUCCUCCGUCCGCCUCUUCCGGCUUCUCGUAUUCGACUGAUUCAAAUAUCCAUCGAAUUUCUCCGCAAUCACAACUCGGCAAUGCUUCUUCUGACUCCAAAACCUCAACUUCAUUUUCUCUUGUGGUCAAUCAAACGGUAUUCUCAUCUGCACACCCUACCCGUCUGUCCCUCCACAAAUGAUGCCAUAGAUCAAGUCUUCCGCAUAAUUACUACCUCAUCCACCCCACAAUCCCUUAGAAACUCCCUUAAAACCUCCCAAAUCCCGCUCUCAAACGACUUAGCUGAUAAAGUCCUAAAAAGGGUCCGUUUUUCCCACUCCAACCCACAACAAGCAUUGGAAUUUUUCAGAUUUGUUUCUGGCAGAAAAGGGUUUUUUCAUACUCCUUUCUCCUUGGACACAAUGCUAUACAUUCUUGGUAGAAGCCGUAAAUUCAAUGAAAUAUGGGACCUUUUGUUGGAAACUAAGAAAAAGGACCAGUCUUUAAUAACACCGAGGACUGUUCAAGUUGUUUUGGGUAGGAUAGCUAAAGUUUGUUCAGUCUGGCAGACGGUUGAGUCUUUUAAAUGCUUUAGAAAGCUCAUUAUUAAGUUUGAUGUUAGUUGUUAUAAUGCGUUGCUAAGGACAUUGUGCCAAGAAAAGAGCAUGAGUGAUGCUAGGAAUGUAUAUCACAGUUUGAAGCACGAGUUUAGGCCUGAUUUACAGACUUUUAAUAUCCUGUUGUCAGGAUGGAAGUCGCCUGAGGAAGCUGAAGCAUUUUUUGCAGAAAUGGAGGACAUGGGGGUUGAGCCGGAUAUUGUGUCCUAUAAUUGCUUGGUAGAUGUGUAUUGUAAGGGAAGACAGAUUGAGAAUGCUGUUAAGGUAAUGAACAAAAUGAGGGAGGAAGGGAUUGAUUUAGAUGUGAUAACAUAUACUAGUCUGAUUGGGGGGUUGGGAUUGGUUGGUCAACCAGAUAAGGCAGCAGAGGUUUUAAAGGAGAUGAAAGAGUAUGGGUGCUAUCCGGAUGUCCCAGCAUAUAAUGCUGUCAUUCGAAACUUUUGCAUUGCUAAAAGGUUAGGAGAUGCAUACAAGUUGAUGGAUGAAAUGGUGGGAAAGGGAUUGAGCCCGACCGCUACAACUUAUAACGUGUUCUUUAGGUCUUUUUAUUGGGCAAAUGAUUUGAGGAGCUCCUGGAGCUUAUAUAUGAGGAUGAGGGAGACAGGGUGCUUGCCUAAUACACAAUCAUGCAUGUUUUUAAUUCGUUUGAUGAGGAGGCAGGAGAAGGUGGAGAUGGCUCUUGAAUUAUGGAAUGAUAUGGUGGAUAAGGGUUUUGGGUCGUACAUUUUGGUUUCUGAUGUUUUACUUGAUUUGCUCUGUGAUUUGGGAAAGUUGGAGGAGGCUGAGAGGUGUUUCUUGCAGAUGGUGGACAAGGGCCAGAAGCCCAGUAAUGUUUCCUUUAAAAGGAUCAAGGUGCUUAUGGAAUUGGCUAACAAGCACGAGGCCCUUCAGAAUUUGUUCGAGAAGAUGUCUGCUUUUGGUUCGUCACUCCAGCUAAGAAGAAGUGAAGGGGGUGAAUUAGAAAGGCCUAUUUCAGAUUUUAUUUCCAGCUAAAACAUGAGGUCCGAGGAAAUGUUUUAUACUAAAAUUCAAUUUCAUACUAAUCCUUGUUCAAUGAGGAUAUACUACAUCUUCACCUUUGAAGCCAGAGCAUUACAAUCAAUUCUGCCAUUGUUCCCUGGGACUUAUGCAAGCAGAGAUCUGGAAAAAUAUUUGAUAUCUAGGAAUAUUCCUGAACACUGCAUUUCACUAUUGAAAUCCUUUCUUUAGAAUAUGGUCGCCAGGGACUAGCAGAAGGAAGAAGAGAUAAAGUCAAUGUUUGGUUAUUGUUGAAAGGUAAAUAGUGCCAUAAUAUUGAGCGGUUUUGAAGGGAGAAGGGUGAAGGGGGUGGGCAUCAAUGGGAUAUUUUAUCUUGGUUGGAGGAGAAAUUACCAAACGUCUAGCAUAUGUAUUCUAAGUUCUUUACAGAUUUCUGGUGUUUUUUUUUUUUUUUUUUUUUUUUUUUUUUUUUUUUUUUUUUUUUUCAGGAAUAUGGUUUUUGUAUUAUUUGGUCAGGUGAAGUUUCAACUGUCAUCUUUCUUUAUCAGAUAACGAGUAACUUUGUGGCGAUGGAUGGAAGCAUUGACCAGCAAGAUAUAAAGCUAAAAUAUUUUGUCAUGUGCAGAAAUAUAUCAUCCCAAAUGAGGAAAGUCUGGUUUUAACGAUUUCUGGGUAGAGAUGUUUGCCACUUCAUCAUUGGGUGUAUAUGUUUAAUAUAUUGUUGUGUGAAUUGGAAGCCUAAGGAUGGUUUUAAAUUGAUCAAGAGGGAUGAAAGAGAGAGGGAUAAGUUGAUCUAUUGAGAGAAUUUGACUUACCCAUACUUAGAAAUCAGCUUGUGUUCAAUACCAGCAGGCUUGCAUUAAAGAACCGUGUGCUGUUAUUCUAGAGGUAGAUAAUUUUACUUACACGAUGACUAAGAAUUCUUUGAUAGGCUGCAUUACCAUGGAUCUUCACUCCUUUAUCCUAGUUGGCCAGUGGUGUUACUUAUGUGGAAAUAUCUUCAGCCCCCAUUUGGCCCCCAAUUUUUUGGUAAUGAAAAUGGGUGGAAUGGUAUUUUUGAAAAAAAUGAGUGGUUGAAAAAGAAGGAAAUUUUUUCGAUUUACGUGUAAUAUUAUUUUAUGGAAGAUUGUGUCGUUGAAAAUAUGAGAGAUAAAAAAAAAAAUGUAAUGUAAUGUAAUUUAAUGGGGGCCAAACGGGGGCCAAGUAUAUGAUUCAAAUUAAAUGUUCUUGUGAGAUGUAUUCCAUACUUGUGUUGUACAUUUUACAGCUUCAAACGGUCAACAAUACUUCCUUUUUCUGGAGAAAUUUCUCUUUCCUCCAAAACUUUGGUUAUUUGCUUUGUUUGUUACAUUUUUAUAUUCUAGGAAUUCAUAUGAUUGAAUAUUUUCAUAAGAACUCCCUACAGGAUACAUUGAUGUCUGGUGUUCCUGACAGAUUCUGAAAAUUUAUGCUGCUGUCUAUCUUCUUAAAAGUUAGAGGCAUAAGCAGAUCUGGAUUUUCCUGAGUCUGCUCCAGGAGGCAUAUAGAUAAAUUUUUGAGUCUAGUGGAGUUGAGAAAUAUUAGAAAUUACUUUAUAAACAUUAACUGCUCAUUACAUGUGUUAAAGGCUUCUAAUUAUGAAGAAAAAACUGCCUUAUCACUGAGUAAUGAAACCUAAUUUCUUUGUUGAAUUCUUACAAUUGUUUCAUUCUGAAGCAUGGACCAUAUUAUAUUAUUAACAUUUCAAAAUAUCCCCUGACAGGAAUUUGUAUUGGCUAGCCUAUUGAAUCUCUCAAGGUAUAUGAACUUUUCUGGAGAAAUUUUUGCCAGCCUCAUUUUGCAUCCCUCGUACACUCUUUAGAAACUGUUUUUCCAAUUCCUUGGCAAUUGCCAAUGCAACUGCUUUCCGAAUUUUGGUUUUAACGGAUUAAAGGAACUUCUCUUUCUAUAAUCUCAAGAAAAUAAACUGUUCUCCUUGUUCUUGGCAAAUCUGAAUGCUUUCUGGUUGAGGAUCUUGAUGCUGCGAUUAACAUCAUAAGACAAGUGUCUGCUAAGGACGUUGGAGUACAUUCUUUCAGUGUUGCAGUUCUUUAAAACUUUUGUUUUCAAAUCCUCAAAUAGUGCACGUGCCGAAUUAGUAUCAAUGUAUCCUAGCACGUGUACUAAAAAUAAAAAUAAUACAAAAAUGAAUAACACGCUCCAAAUGGAGAAUGACACUUGCAGAAGCAGGUAUGACAGGCAAUGGGCUCUUCAUCUCUGACAUAAACGACAUUGAAUUUCCAUUCUUCCUGAGAAUCAGACAUCAUUUUCUGUUACGUCAAGUUGGUUAUAUUAACUGUUCACAAAAUCUGCAGCUACAUGCAUUUUUCACUUUAAGAGUUCCAUCAUUACUAUUUGUAUUACACAAAUACAAUUGAACUUUUGUUGAUGAUAUAUAUAUAUAUUGCACUUCAAGUUGGAAGAUUAAGACAGAUCCCACUUAUAUUGGCUAAAUUUUCAAAUUCUGGUGUUUUAUGUGGGGUUCUUGCUCAUAAAUCAUUUCUCAGUCAUAUGUUUUUUCAAGUUUAUGAUUAACGAAAAAUGCCUGUCAAGUGUCUCACAUCCUUGUUUCAGGUCUUUGACAGAGAUAUUUUGGCUCCUUCAAAUGAGAAGUAAUACAAGAUAAUGAUAUGAAUCAUUCUUUCAAGGAGGGAACCUCUAAUUCCCAACCGAUUUCGACUAGAGUUUUUUGAGAAGAAAAAAAGACUGGAACUUAUUUUGAUGUGGGAGAACCAUUUUACUCAAAUGGUAUAUUAAAAACUGAAGAAAAAUUGUGGAAUGAGUUACUGGGCUGCUAUUAGUUCUGUUGGUUUGGUGGCAAGGCCAUAACCAUAUGGAAAUAGGGGAUCAUUUUGUGGAUUGCCGACAUUCAUCAGAAGCUGAUAGACAGUCGUCAUCCAAGUGCGGGCAAGUUUCCUGUGAAACCAUAGUUGCUGUAAGGAAUGUCAGCAAUCCCUUGGCCUUCAGUCCCCAGAAGCCAAGCAGCCACCGGUGCUUCCAUUUUAAGGUUCGACUACAACUGAGCGCCCGAAAAUGAUUAUGAAAACAUUUCACAGAUUCACACGCUUUAGUUAUUGUACUGUAACCUGGUUCAAUGGUUCAGAUAUUGUCAAAUCUUUGCUAUCUCCAACAUACUCUGAGUACGGUAGUUCACCCAUGGUGACAAUAGCAUAAGAGAAGUCAUUGGAGUAUAAGAAUUACCUGUCGGUGUUUUCAUUGUAUAUAAAUUAUCUGCUGGGAUCUACAGUGUUCGUGACGGCUGUUAGUAUUGUAGUACCGCACCCAUGAUGACAAUAGCAUAUCAGAAGUCAUUGGAGUAUAAGAAUUCCCUGUCGGGGUUUUCAUCGUGUAUAAAUUCUCUGCUGGGAUCUACAGUGUUCCCGACGGCUGUUAGUAUUGUAGUACCCCACCUAUCAAACAAGACGAAUCGGAUGAAUUUUCCAUAUCUGGUUCUGAAUUCUUAA